AUGGCUAACACAGAGCGUAUAAUAAAGCAUAUUAUACAAGAAAAAUUGUCAUUCACAUUAGUGGUUAAUAAAGUCGAUAGAUUAAUAUUGGAAUUGAGACUGCCUCCCAAUGAUGCUUACUUUAAACUUAAACAUACAAUCGAAGAAGUUAAUACAGUGAUUAGCCAAUACGCCCCAGGUCAAGAUAUUCGUGUGUCACCUGAACGUGGAAAUGUAUGUUUUGCUUCUAGUCAGAUGGGAUGGUGUUUUUCCUUAAGAUCUUUUGCAAAACUUUAUUCCGAUGCUUAUGGCGAUAUAGACCCUGACGAGUUUGCAAAACGUUUAUGGGGUGAUAUUUAUUAUAAUCCUAUAAAAAAAUCUUUUAGUAGAAAAAGUCUUGAAAGAGAUAGUCAACGCUCUUUUGUUCAUUUCAUCUUAGAACCUUUAUUCAAAUUAUAUGCUCAGGUUAUUGGGGAAGAUGAAAAUACAUUGAAACGUACAUUAGCAUCUUUGGGUAUUUGCUUAAAAGCAUCACAUUUUCAAUUGGAUGUCAAACCAUUGCUUAGAAUAAUAUUAGAUCAAUUUUUUGGUCCUCCAAUUGGUUUUGUGGAUAUGGUAAUUGAACACAUUCCAUCCCCAAAAGAUAACGCUGCCAAAAAAGUUGAACAUAUUUACACAGGAACAAUGGAUUCAACGGUGGUAGAGUCAAUGCGUAAUUGUGAUUCGGGUGGUCCAUUGAUGAUAUACAUUACCAAAUUGUAUAAUUCAGCCGAUGCUUCAACAUUUGAUGCAUUCGGUCGUAUCAUGAGUGGUACAAUUAGAAAAGGUCAAUCUGUAAGAGUUCUUGGUGAGGGUUACUCAACAGAAGAUGAGGAAGAUAUGACCAUACAGGAUGUCACUAAUGUCUGGAUAUUCGAAUCUAGAUAUAGAAUUGAAGUUGGUGGAAUGCCAGCAGGAAGUUGGGUACUAUUGGGUGGUGUUGACAAUUCAAUAGUAAAGACAGCAACAAUAACUGAAAAGAAUAUCGAUGAGGAUUUAUAUAUUUUUAGACCAUUGUCUUUUAUCACUACUGCUGUACUUAAAGUGGCUGUUGAGCCUGUCAAUCCCUCAGAACUACCCAAAAUGUUGGAUGGUUUAAGAAAAAUAAAUAAAAGUUAUCCUAUUCUAAUCACAAAAGUUGAAGAAUCUGGAGAACAUAUAAUACUUGGUACAGGAGAAUUAUAUCUGGAUUGUGUCCUUCAUGAUCUUCGUAGAAUGUAUGCUGAAAUCGAACUUAAAGUUUCUGAUCCGGUGGUUCGAUUCUGUGAAACAGUGGUUGAUACCUCUGCUUUGAAAUGUUUUGCAGAAACCCCAAAUAAAAAGAACAAAUUAACAAUGAUAGCAGAGCCGUUAGAGAAAGGUAUAGCAGAAGAUAUCGAGUCUGGUAAAGUUAGUAUAAAAUGGCCAAUCAAAGAUAUUGCAAAAUAUUUUGAAGAAAAAUAUUCAUGGGAUGUACUGGCUGCUCGUUCUAUAUGGGCUUUUGGACCUGAUGAAAAUGUAAGACAAGGGUUUCAAUGGGGAACUCGUGAAGGGCCAUUAUGUGAUGAACCAAUUCGUAACGUAAAGUUUAGAAUAUUGGAUGCAGUUCUUGCACCAGAACCUAUUUAUAGAGGUGGUGGCCAAAUCAUUCCUACUGCAAGACGUGCAACACCAAGAUUAAUGGAACCCGUUUACUAUGUUGAGAUACAAGCGCCAGCAGAUUGUGUAUCGGCUGUAUACACAGUCCUAGCAAGAAGAAGAGGACAUGUAACACAAGAUAUUCCUAAACCGGGUUCACCAUUGUACACUGUUAAAGCCUACAUUCCAGUAAUAGAAGCUAAUGGUUUUGAAACUGAUAUGAGAACUCAUACACAAGGUCAAGCAUUUUGUCAACAAAUGUUUGAUCAUUGGCAGAUUGUUCCUGGAGAUCCAUUAGAUAAAUCAAUUGUACUUAAACCAUUAGAACCUAGUCCUGCUCAACAUUUAGCAAGAGAUUUUAUGGUUAAAACUAGACGACGUAAAGGUUUAUCCGAAGAUGUUUCUGCCAACAAGUUUUUUGAUGAUCCCUUACUUCUUGCACUUGCACAAUCUGAUAUACUUGGUGCACAAAAGUAUUGUAAAGUUUCAGCCCAUGACAAUGUUAUGAGCUAUGCUAGUUUAAUACAAGACCUUGCUCUUGAUACUUUUACUGUGAUUUUAGAUUAUGCUGAAAAUAGUUUACCAGAACAUUCAAGUACCAAUGAAUUAACAUGGAAGAAAAAAUUAAACUGUGAUUACUGGUUCCACGAAACUGAGAGAAAAAUAUAG